GCAGAGAAUGUUUGAAUGUGGCUUUAUUUACGUUUUAUGUUUUUGCAAAUCAGAAAUCUUAUCAGAUAUUUCCGAAACCACUCUGAUUACCUCUUGAUAUGGCCGCUACAAAAACUUGUGUGAAGUUCUUUUUAUUUGGUUUUAAUGUAAUAUUUUGGCUUGCUGGAGGAGCUGCUGCAGCCAUUGGAAUUUGGAUGUUGUUUGAUGGUGGUCGAUUUAAUAAAUUUAUUGGAAAUUAUACAUUUACAGUACCUGCAUCGAUACUUGUUGCUGCUGGACUUUUUGUUUUCUUUGUUGGGUUUUGUGGGUGUUUUGGUGCUGUUAAAGAACACAAAUGUUUACUUGGAACUUAUUUUACAAUGUUGUUGCUUGUAUUCUGUGCAGAAAUUGCAGCUGGUGUGUUAGCAUUUCUGUAUCGUGACAAGAUUUAUGAUGAAGUAACGUACCAAUCAAAACUAGUUAUAAUAAAUGAUUAUGGUACUGGAAUAGAAGCAUUAGACUAUUCAGUUAAUCUCAUGCAACAAAAGUUUAAAUGUUGUGGUGCUUCUGGUCCUAAUGAUUAUAGUGCUUGGGUUAACAGACAGGGAAGUAAUAAGCAAGCUCCAGAGUCUUGUUGCAGCAACCCUUCAAAGUGCACUGUCAAUAUUGAUCAAAAUUUAUUGUAUAAAACGGGUUGUGUUGAUUCUCUUACAACAUUUAUAAAAGAAAAUAUGAUCAUCCUUGGAGGCAUUGGUGUUGGACUUGCAUGUGUUCAGCUUCUUGGUAUGUGUUUUUCUUGUUGCCUGUUUUUUGCUAUCGACGAUUAUUAAGCAGAGUGUUAUUUAUGAGGGCUACAUUAUCUUAUACAACACUCUCUAUUUUUCUUUUACACUGAACGUUAAUGUUGUUUCCACCAAUCGUAUAUAUUAAUUUUGUUUGCACCAAUCGUGAACAUUGCAACAUUGAACAUAG